UAGACAGAUUUUAUGCUCUUGGAUUUUACCCGUAGUUUCCCAUACAGCUAAGCUUGAUUCUGAAAAGCAGCUAAAAUCAUGAAGUGCACUUUUAUUCUCUUGAUUGUGGUGGUUGCCGUUGCUUGGGCAGAAGCCAAAAGCGACUGUGAAAAGCACCGCGAAGAAGCUGAAAAGAUUGGAACUAUCAUGAAAUUGAUUCCCAAAUGCAAAGAAAAUGGUGACUAUGAAGAGCUCCAGUGCUACAAGGACAGCAAUUUCUGUGUCUGCUAUGACAAGAAAGGACAUGCCGCAUCACCCAUCUCAACCAAGAUCAAGGAGUGCGGAUGCUACUUGCGCAGGAAAGAAAAGCUGGACCGCAUGUUGGACAACGCUUACAUACCUCAGUGCGAAGAAACUGGCGCCUGGGCACCAAAACAAUGCUGGGAUUACAACAACAGCUGUUGGUGCGUCGACAAAGAAGGCAACCAAGUAGGAAAAAUCGUUGCCGAAGGAGACAACUUGAAAUGUGAUUAAAUUUAGCUUUAGGGAAUCUAUAAAAUAAACUUUAAUGCUUAA